GGAUCUGUCCUGUACUGUAGGUACUCCUGUCGUAGUCGUAACUGUCGUCGUGUUUAUUGAACUUUAUUGUUGACCCACGUUUUUAAUUUUAACUUUUAUUUUACUAUCUCAAUUUCCUAAAUGGUUAUGCCAGACAAGAUUAUGAUGCGUAAAAUUAAAAAAAGGGAAAAGAGGAAACUGCAUCUUAUGAGCAAGGAAUCUAAUGCAAUGAAUGCAGGUUUCAAUUUUUCAGAAUCGGAACCACAGGAAGCUAAGAAACGACCACAUGAAAUCAAUGAAGACAAUUCUAAACCAGAUUCUAAAAAAAAACAUAAAAAGAAAAAGGCUGAUGUCAAAGAAGAACCAGUUGAGGUAAAAAAAGAAAAUGAUAAUGGUGAAGAAGCAGACUCUGACAAUGAAAUAGAAAUAAAGACAAAUGAUGAAAGCCAAUUGCCUGGGUCCAGUUUAAGUCUCAGCAUUUUAUCAGAACAGAAAUUCUCUUCUUUGGAAGGUAAAGUGUGUGAGCCUACUCUUAUGGCCAUAAAAGACAUGGGCUUCACCACCAUGACAGAAAUCCAAGCCAAAGCAAUACCACCAUUGCUGGAGGGUCGAGAUCUCGUGGGAGCAGCAAAGACUGGAUCUGGGAAGACCCUCGCAUUUUUAAUUCCUGCAAUUGAACUUAUUCAUAAGCUGGAGUUCAAGCCUAGAAAUGGAACUGGUGUUAUUAUUCUUUCGCCGACAAGGGAAUUGGCAAUGCAAACUUUUGGAGUAUUGAUGGAGCUGAUGAAGUAUCAUCAUCACACUUAUGGGAUGGUGAUGGGUGGAGCUAACAGAACAACAGAAGCCCAGAAGUUAUCUAAAGGAAUCAACAUUUUAGUAGCAACACCAGGUCGAUUGCUUGAUCACUUGCAAAAUACACCAGACUUCUUGUACAAAAAUCUUCAGUGUCUCGUCAUUGAUGAGGCAGACAGAUUACUUGAGAUUGGUUUUGAAGAGGAAGUCAAGCAGAUCAUCAGACUAUUGCCCAAACGCCGUCAAACUAUGCUGUUCAGUGCCACUCAGACCAAGAAGACUGAAGCACUGACAGCCUUUGCGGUAAAGCAAGAACCAAUUUAUGUAGGCGUUGAUGACCAGAAAGAACAAGCAACCGUGGACUCUUUGGAACAAGGGUUCAUUGUGUGCCCUUCAGAGAUGCGUAUGAUGGUCUUAUUCACGUUUCUAAAGAAGAACAGGAAGAAGAAAGUUAUGGUUUUCCUCUCAACUUGUAUGUCCGUAAAAUACCAUCACGAAUUGUUUAACUACAUCGACCUGCCUGUGAUGUCUAUACAUGGCAAACAACAGCAAACGAAGCGUACCACAACUUUCUUCCAGUUCUGCAAUGCGGAGUCCGGUAUACUUUUAUGUACGGACGUAGCGGCUAGAGGCCUAGACAUUCCAGCUGUGGAUUGGAUCGUUCAAUAUGACCCACCUGAUGAUCCUAAGGAAUAUAUUCACCGUGUGGGCAGAACAGCGAGGGGUCUCUGUACCAACGGGCACGCGUUGUUGUUCUUGCGACCCGAGGAAUUGGGAUUCCUUAGGUAUCUGAAGCAGUCGAAGGUCACCCUCAAUGAAUACGAAUUCUCUUGGAACAAAGUUGCUAAUAUUCAGUUGCAGUUGGAAAAAUUAAUAUCAAAAAACUAUUUCCUGAAUCAAUCUGCCAAGGAAGCAUUCAAGAGCUAUCUCAGGGCUUACGAUUCUCACCAUUUGAAAACUAUAUUCGACAUCGAUAAGAUUGAUUUGGCUAAAGUAUCAAAAUCAUUUGGUUUCAUUGUACCUCCAGCUGUAGAAUUAAAGAUAACAAAUAAAGGCCCGCCUUCAAAAAGGAAAGGAGGCGGUGGUUACGGCUAUUUUAAUUCACUAAAUGCACCAGCAAGCCAGAGGAAUAAGGCGCAGAAAACUAAGAUAUACAGACAAAAAGGUGGUAAUAAACGGUCCGUUAGUUAAGCGAUAAUAAUUAUAUUGGUAUAAUAAAACUGUAUUUUAUAAUUUUGUGGUUUUUUUAAUUGGUAAGGAAAGCCUUUUUUACACCUGGCGUUGAUUCCAGUUACAUCCUCAUCUCUUUACAUAGGAGUUUUAAAGAGGUGUCCGGCGACAUAGAAGCGAGACACGGGAGGCAGCGGCGCGAUGCGCGAAAAUGCAAUCGCCUCAAACCCAAACAUUAUAUUCGUUCGAUAACAAUUUCUAGAAGAAGACAGUAAAUCCAUCUUAAACAUAUAUAUCAGAUAUACAUUUUGUGUUCCUAAAGGUAAUAUGUAAAUCUUUUGUGUAUUUCAUAUCAAAACGACUAUUAACAGAUAAAUUAUGAACUACAACAGUGUCGUUAUCUAAUUACAUUUCGUCAUAUUAUGCUAUUUGAUUUAUUUUCUGUUGUAACUUUCCAUUCCAAAUACAAAGGGUUUAUUUACGCGACUUUUAAAAAAGAGGAGGAUAAUGUUUGAAGAUUUAUUUUAAUUGUGUUUAAUCUGUGCCACGGACCUUAUACUCGUAUUUAAAAAUAGUUUGAUAAAUUUGAAUUUGAUUGUUUAUUCGUAGAUAUUUGAAUGAAUGUAAAUAAUAUAAAGAAAUAAUUUUAACAGCAGUGAAAUGGGGACAAGAAAAUAGACGAAAAAAUAAAACAGCUAUAGAAAACUUAUGUACAAAUUUAUUGCAAGUUUGUGUACAGACAAAACACAUAGGUACAUAUAUGUAUAUAUGUAUACAGAUAAAAUAUAAUAAUUAUCACAAAUGGCUUAUAUUUUCCUCAUAACUAGGGAACUUCACGUGGGAAAUUACAAAUUGACAAUAAUGAGGAAAGUAGUACCCCUUAGAAAUAAUAACGAAAUUCGAUAUAAUUAUGUUGUUUUCGAUGUCGUCUUUCACAUUUUCCGAAUUUUAGGUAAAGAUUUUCUUUUUCUUGAAAACUGGAAUCACGAUUUUUGAGAUUUUA